UUUGUUUGGGCCAUGGCGUCAGACGCUCUCUCUGCGGAUUCGGGCCGGGGCCGGGGCCGGGGCGGCCUAUCGGUGCGUCUCCCCACGGCGCCCCCGCUGAAGCUGCUGGCCGGCCAGCUGCGGCACUGCGCCAUAGGCGGGCCGGGGGCCUGGCACUUGGCCCGGGAGCCGGCCGGCCGAGCUCCGCUGGAGCUGGCGGCCGUGUGGAUGCAGGGCCGAGUGCUGGAGGCGGCUGAGCAGGGAGGUUGGGCCCGGCUUCGGGACUCGAGUGGCUCCUUCACUGUGCGGGGCCUAGAGCGCGUGCCCCAGGGGAAGCCCUGUCUGGCUCCAGGAAAAUAUGUGAUGGUGAUGGGAGUCAUUCUGACCUGCAACCCUGAACCUUCUCUUCAAGCUGUGAAGAUGACAGAUCUUUCAGAAAACCCGAUACAUGAAAGCAUGUGGGAACUGGAAGUAGAAGAUUUGCACAGGAACAUUCCAUAAGAGCAUUUUAAUAUAAUUUAAGGAAACUGAAUUUAUGAGUGUAUUUUGGUUCUUGCACCUUUGGGAUCUCGUGAGUCUAAUUGUAUAUGCUAGUUUGUGUUUCUCGAAAGUUCCUAGAACACUUGGGGUGAAUUGGCCAAAUAAUUGGUUUACAGACAUAGUGAGAAUUUAGGACAUUUUCAUGCUGUGGCUAUUUCACCAUAUUCAACUCCAGGAGAAGCAUCCAUUACCCCUGCUGAGAAUGAUGUUGUUGCUGAUGGAAAGCAGAUGUUUGCUAUGCUUUUUUGUUUUUCUUUUAUUUUAAAAGCACAUGAAAACCUCACACUGCAUUUCCCAAAUAUUACAAGUGAUGGUAUUUUUCCAUUACUACAGCUAUCCUGUUUUAGAAUGCGGAAUUUGAAUCCCAGUCAUUGGCUAUGGUGAUUAAAGUGUGGUUAUGGUCAGGAAAACAGACUGUGUAAAAGGAAUGACAUCAUGGCUCCGUUUAUUCUCCAUCAACGACUUCCAGAUCCAGUUUGCAAGUCAAAUGACAUUUUUAUAACUGCAGGGCACAAACUGCUGUCUGCAAAAUACAGCUGUCUUUCCUCUUCAAACACCACUCAACCACUGAAGCUUAGCUUUCCCUUAGAUAGGGACAUUUCUUCCUUAAGAGAUAUUGUUGAAAAGCUUGAUGAAAGCUUCUAUAAAGAAGAGAGCUAACUUCAAGAUAGAUAUGUGUAUGUAUUCAAGACUUAACUGAACUAUACCUUCUUCAUAACUCUGGACAAGAAUUCUUGAGGCAGCAUUGUGGUCCCUCUGACUUCUUAUUUCAUAAAAUAAGAACAGGACAGUUUUAUUUUGUAAAUUUUGAGUAUGUGUUUGUGUCUUCAUUUUCAUACCUUAUUUUUUCUUUCCUUUUUAAAAUAUAUUUUUACCAGGACUUUUUGUUUUCAUGCUGCCUAAAUUUCCCCUACAUCUGCCUCACUUCCCUCCUCCCAGAGAGCCAUCUGUAUAUGUAAUUUUUUUCUUUAGAUUAUAAGUUCCAAGGGUAUAGGGAGUAUAUUUUAUACAUGAUGAAAGGAAUGAAUGAAUGGGAAAGCAUUUAUUAAACACUGAAAAUAUGUACUAAGUACUGUGACAAGUGCCAUUAAUAGAAGAUAUCAAUUUUCUAUUAUCUUUAUCAGUGGAAAUACUGAAAUAGUCCCAGCUCUUAUGGAACUCACAUUCUAAAUAAGGGAGAUAACAUGUAAAAAAGUUUGAAUCUUUCCAUAUGCUUUGUAUCCAAAGUCCUAAGUAUUAAAGAGUAGUUUGUUUAUAACUUUGAA